GAUUAUGCGGGUAAACCAAGGGGGUGGUGGAGCUGCGUGCUCUCACACUGACACAGACGCACAAACGUUGAGGAGCGAGCAUGCAGCGCAAACUGCAGAGAAGUUUGGUUUAAGAACUUUUACUGCUUACUUUGGUCUUGAAUCAGAACAAGUGAAACGCAGACUUUUUUGUUUUGUUUUACUUUUGCGUUGUUGUUUUUGGCUUUGGGACGCUGACUCAGCUCGGACCUGUUGGCUUAAACUGACUUGCAAACUUCUGGUCCCAUAUUCUUUUUUUUUUUUUUUUUUUUUUUUUUUUUUUUUUUUUUUUAAAGAGAACACUUGCAGAGGUGGAGAAGUUUGGAAAUCUGCGGUGAAAGGAUGAUCUGACCCUGCGUAAAGCAUCGGGGGACAUCUCUCUCCCCUCACCCAUUAAAAAAAACAAAAAAAAAACAAAACACGUGAAUCGGCGGCAGCAGCUUCCAGGAGGCUUUGGGGGAACAUGACUGAGCUCGGCGGUUUUGUUGGAUACUUGUCAGCCCAUUUUACGUGACCGCAUGGUGCCGGGGCUGCGGGCGUAAGGACCGCUCUCCAUGCAUGCUGGAGAAACAAACAGGGCUGUUGUUGCAAACACGUUGGAGCUGUCGCGCACAAGUUUGGUGAGCGGUGCACAAUGCGGGGCACUUGGGGCGCAUUCAUCCAGUGCUGUCUCAUCCUGCUGGUCGGUGCAGACCAGUGGAGGCUGAAGGACAUGUCCAGCUGUGAAUUAAAUAGGAAGCAAACCGACCUAAACUCCUUCCUGUGGACUAUCAAACGGGAUCCCCCAUCAUAUUUUUAUGGUACAAUACAUGUUCCCUACACCCGUGUUUGGGACUUCAUCCCUGAAAAUUCCAAACAAGCCUUCCAGGAGAGCAACAUCAUUUACUUUGAGCUGGACCUGACUGACCCUUACACCAUCUCAGCCCUGACCAGCUGUCAGCUGCUCCCCCAAGGAGAAAACCUGCAGAACGUCCUCCCAAGAGACAUUUACAGGAGACUUAAAAGACACCUCGAGUAUGUUAAACUCAUGAUGCCAUCUUGGAUGACCCCCGAUCAGAGAGGGAAGGGACUCUAUGCUGACUACCUCUUUAAUGCCAUAGCUGGGAAUUGGGAAAGGAAGCGUCCCGUGUGGGUGAUGCUGAUGGUGAACUCAUUAACCGAGGCAGACAUCAAGACGCGAGGGGUGCCGGUGCUGGACCUGUACUUGGCCCAGGAGGCGGAGAGGAUGAGGAAGAGAACGGGCGCAGUGGAGAAGGUGGAGGAACAAUGCCAUCCACUCAAUGGUCUCAAUUUCUCUCAGGUGAUCUUUGCCCUGAACCAGACAUUAUUGCAACAGGAGUCUUUGAGAGCAGGAAGCCUUCAGGUCCCAUACACAACUGAGGACCUAAUCAGACACUACAACUGUGGCGAUCUUAAUUCCAUCAUCUUCAAUCAUGACACCUCACAGGUGCCGAAUUUCAACAAUGUGACCCUGCCGCCCAGCGAGCAGGUGACUGCCCAGGAAAUUGACGCCUACUUCCGACAGGAGCUCAUUUACAAGAGAAAUGAGAGGAUGGGCAAGAGGGUCAAAGCCCUGUUAGAGGAGCACCCUGACAAGAGCUUCUUCUUUGCCUUCGGGGCAGGUCACUUUCUUGGCAACAACACAGUUAUCGAUGUGCUUCGUCGUCAGGGAUAUGAGGUGGAGCACACCCCUGCUGGACAGCCCAUAAAGAGGAAAUCCUCAUCAAAACCCGCUUCCCCAGCACUGGAGGAUCUCCAUGAGGAUUUUGCUCUCCUGGAACCUUUCCUCCAUGAGCUCCCCCUCAAGGAGGAGGAUCAGGGGUUUACCCUGGAGGAGGAUCCGUUACCCCACAUGCUCCAUCCUGCGGACAGCCUGGAUCUCCUAGAGAAAGCAGAAAGGAAAAUGCUAAAGAAAAAGAGGCGGAAGCAAAAGAAACAACGCAAUCGGCAUUUUAAUGACCUCUGGGUGCGCAUAGAAGAGAGUUCUAUGGUGCAGUCCCCGCCUCCCCCUUUGGUUCGCAUCAUCAAUGGUUACAUCACAGUGGAGCCACCAAACAGAGUCUACAGCCAGCACAACUAUCAUCAUUUACAGUCUUCAUCCCCCAUCUCCUCCGUUCCAUACAUUUUACUUUUCUUGCUCUUCACACUUAUAGCUUUGAUUUUUCAGGUAGGGCCUGCAGUCCUUUAGCAGGGCAUUGUUAAUUAAUUUAGCAAAAAAAAAUGAAUAAAUAAAGCAUUUCAUUGUUGAAUCUCAUAUUAAUAUAGGUUUGACUAGGUUCUGGAGGGUGGGCUUCAGAAAGCAGGUUGAAAUGUGUUAAAUGAGGAUUACAUGUAGCUGUCAGGCUGGACCAACCAUACAUUGUUGGAACUGAAAAUGUUAACUGAUGUCAAUGAAUUAAUGCUCUGAUGAAAAUAUCUUACGUGUUUUCUUGGAACAUACCAAUUUAUUUUAUUUUUAUUUUACUUUACAAUUAUAAGACUUUGCACAAAGGAUGCAAAAGAAGAGGCAAGGGAAAGAAAAAAAAACAUUUUGUAUUUUGUACUUUUCACAGGCAUAAAUGCCAGAUGUUUGCUACUCAACAGAUCUGUUCGCUGCCUGUAACAUUUAUACCAUUCAAAGCAUUCUGGGAUGUCAAAUAUCAUUUAUAAACACAACUGGAACCAUUGUUCUUUAAUGCGUUUGUGUGAAUCAGCAUUUUUCAUGUGGGUUUGCUUGUGUGAGAGUUUGUCAGCUUCUAUAUCCUUCAUGUUUUGCAACCAGAAGUGUUCUUCUUAACUUAAUUUAUUGUACCAUUUACAAAGGAUUGCUUUAAUGUUGCAAAAGUAUUUUGCUUUGGGAAAUUGUACAUAGUGUUUUUAAAUAUUAUAGAUGAAUUUUAGGGUUAUACAAAUGAUAAUUAUCAAAAGCAUUUUCUUUUAUAUUAAUUAAUAAAUAUGUGUGCAGUAUAUUUCUGAAAGAACGUCAGGAACUAACCACCACAGCCCAUGUCAUGUUUCACACUGAAAUUAAAGUUGUGAUAUGGACAUAUGAUUGUAUUGUAUCUAAUCUAUCAGUGUUAUUACCCGUUUGGAUGUAUGUGUUUGCUGAAAGAGUUCAAAAUCAUACUUUUUGUUUUCAUUAGUUUUAAAUUAUUUAACUACAUUAGCUUUCCUGUACAGCAUAUGGAACAUUUUCUAUGAUUUUUUUUAUAAAUAUUUUUGUAACUACAGUAUCCAAGUGUGUUUUUAUGUUUUCAAGAUAAUAAUUAUAAUAUUGUGGUUAUAAUAAAGCUGUCUACAAAUGUAGAACAUGUACAGGGUAGUAUCUUAGGCCAGUCCUAUGUCAUCUUUGGAAUGAAAUAAUUGUAAUAGUAUCAACAAUAAAAUAUUUAUUUAGACACA